CGCCAACUACCGUCCCUCCGACCGCUCAAUCUCCAGCGUCCUCUCCCUCGACGGCCACGGCUCCCGCCGCACCACCUGCACCUGCAUCGAGUCCCUCAUGGAUCGCCUCCACGCCACCAAGAACGCCUCUGUCGCCAUCAAGUGCCUCUUCACAAUCCACGUCGUGUUAACCACCAGCUCUCUGUCUACCCUUCUUCAAGCGGGAGGAAUUCCCUCAACUUGUCGAAAUUCCGCAAUGGAUCCGACCCGGAGGCCUGGGAGCUCUCGCCGUUUCGAGAACCCUAGGUCAAUUCCUCUCCGUCGGUGGCGGCGAGGGAGGGAAGGAGGAAGCAAUUCUAGAGAAGCUGAACGGAGAUUUGCUAACCGAGGUCGAAAUUCUGGUCGAUUUCGCCCAAUUGGUGUGCGAUGCUCCAAAUUCUCUUCAAUUGCAGAAGAGAGAUUUUUUUUACGAGGUGGGGAAGACUUCAGAUUAGUCAAGCGGGAGAUUCUUGUUAGGGUUGCGGAAUUUCAGGACGGAAAACUGCAGAGCUUGAGUUUCGGCGAGCUGACUCGGCUGGUGGUCGAAUGUAGGAGAUUGAAGGGUUGUAGAGAGAGACUAAGCUUGUUGUUUGUUAACGGGAAGAGGAAUGAUGCUCUGUGGGAGAUGGUGGCGGAGACUGUGAAUGAAAUUAUUGAAGCGGUGAUGGAGAAGGACGAGCAACGACUGUGUCGGCGGUGUCAGUGAGAUCAGGGAGGUGGAUGGCAACGGCGGCGAGGACCAGUUCAAUUGAACCGGGUCAGGUGGAGGCGGCGAAGGAGUUGCUGCUGUCAUGGUAAUAACUUAGGUUCAGAGGA